AUGUGUGUGUGUGUGUGUGUGUGUGUGUGUGUGUGUGUGUGUGUGUGUGUGUGUGUGUGUGUGUGUGUGUGUGUGUGUUGGUCGCUCGUCCGCGACCCGGACCUGGCGGACGAAGCCUGGGCAAACCACGUCACGAACCGUCUGAACCGAGGUCAGAUUGCCAAAGCAUUUGAUGCCGACAAGGCUCGUGCCGUGAUUGGUAAUUCUGAGGUUCAGGCCGUGCGCGACCUCUUGGUACCGCCCGGGCUGACCCCGUACAUUGCUUCAACACCCGCCUCCACGUCUACACUGGCACCAGCCACGGCUGUGAACUCCCCAACCGUGUCCUUCACCAAGGGUGAGCUCCCCAAGGCGUUGGCGGCCACCAAGGGUGUCACCGACCCCUAUGGUUGGUCUGGUGAGCUUCUUGCCUCCAUCUACCGCAUCAAGGAGCACUUCAGUCAAGUCUUGGGCCCACGCCAGGAUCCUACCAGCGACCCGACUGCUCCUUCUGAUGGAGACGCGCCUCAGGGCCCCACCACCGCCACUGGAGGUCCUCAGGUUGCCUUAAACAAGAUCUUUCACCACAUUGCCAACAACACCGUGCCCGAGUCGAUUCGACAUGCCCUUUGCUCCAUCAACUACACUAUCCUGGAGAAGGCCAAUGGCAAGUUUCGACCCGUGGGCACGGAUUCCAUCUUCAACAAGGUUGUCAACCGCGCUCUGCUCGAGCAACAGCAGCCCCAUAUUGCCCACUUGCUACAGGCCAGUCCAGAGCUGGCUGUCGGAGUCAAGGACGGCAUUUCAGCAGCGGUUGGCAUGGCCUUUGGUGAGCUUCAAGCCUGUGAGUCUACCCCGGGCUGGACUAUGCUCUCCCUCGAUUUCAAGAGUGCCUUCAACUACACCGACCGAGCACGGCUGCACGAGAUUGUGGCCGACAAGGUCCCUGGCCUCUUGCGCGCCUUUGAACGACACUAUGCUCGACCCACUACCCACUGCAUUGUCGACAAGUUCUUCAAGGUGAUUGACAUUGAUGUUGGCCAAGGCAUUGUGCAGGGCAACGAGCUAUCGCCCUUCUUCUUUGCCCUGUACUCCUGUGAGGUCCUGGGUCUCCUCGACGCCAGCACUGACUACCGCUGCAAGAUCAUCAAAUACCUCGACGACAUUGUACUGAUGGGUCCCGCGGAGGACGUGGCGGCCGACGUGGAGAUUGUCAAGGCUCGUGCAGAGUCUGCUGGCCUUCAUCUGCAGCCCAGUAAGAGCCGCCUCUACAUGCCUCGCCACCAUCCCGCUUCCAUCACUGCUAUCAAGUCUGUAUUGCCAGAUGCCAUGCGCGAGACGGCCAACACGGGCAUGACGCUGAACGACAAGGCAAAGCACAUUGCUGGCAAGCUCAAUGACAUGCUGACGACCGGUGUCUCGCUUCAGGCCCUCCUCACGGCCAUGCACUUUGCUUCCAGCUCUGAGGUUCAAACACCUAAUUUAUUUACCUUUGUCAAAGCCUUUUUUGCCAAGGUGAACCUGUCUGCACCAGCUGGAGCUGAAGGUCAUGACGUUACGCUGGAACAGCUCCUUGAGGCUCGCAUCUUCACACGGGCCAACACCGGGGGCUUUGGCCUGCACGACUUGGUUGAGCGCGGUCCGGUGGCUUAUGUCUGCAACAUGGCCAAGCUGGCCACUCGCUACCCUCGGGUCUACGAUCGGCUCUUGGAGGAUGCAUCGAGGGCUGCCGACUUUGAGGUCCACGUGCAGCGAGCUGGCUUCCAGAUGGCCACGGUCAAGGACGCGGCGACCCAGCGACCAGCUGAGAUCAUUGCCCUCCGCUCCAAGGCGGCACUGGACGACCUGAUGGCCAAGUGUGCGCUGGACCUGCAGCAGGCAUAUCUGGCCUCACGCGAGUGGGGCGUCAGCACUGUCUUGACCAUGCGGGGUCGGGACAAGUUGCGUCGCUUGAGCGACACGACCUUUGCCAUUGCGGUCGUGUCCAUGAUGGGUUUAAAUAAAUUAGGUGUUUGA